UAAACUUCCCAAGUAUACACUACUUUUUGUCUUCCUAUUUUUCUUGUGAAUGUCAAAUUUUACGUGUCUUCAAUAGAUAUUUGACGGAGUUUAUGAAAUAGUUCUGGAUGAACAAUAUUCAUAAAGUUUGACGAUGAAGAAUGUCUGAUACAAAUGAACAAAGUGAUGACAAAGUAAAAGGAGAUGAAGAAAUUGCUCUUCAUGAAACAGAUCCCGAAGAAAAGUUGAGUAAUGGUCACAGCCAUUCUAAGUGCAAAGAUCAUUUACGAAGGAUACUUACGGUGUGUAUCAUUCUCUGUCUGGCAUUGAAUGUAUGUGUGUUAGUAGAUUUAUCGUCAGUGACAACUAAUUUGUCUCAGCCAUCUGAUGCACAUGCAUCUUCUGAGAUAACAUCUAUUAAAACAAAAGAAAGUACUUGUGUUUACCUCACCGAUAGGGAAUACUGGAAAUCAAUUCCAGAUCAUUUGGACAAGUACUGUAAACCAAAGCAGGUUGAAGGUGGAGAUGGUGGUUACGUACCAAAAAUGUUCCAAUGUCCAGGAGCCCCGGGGCUGUACAUUCCUCUUCUAUGUCUGUGCGACUAUAAUGUUACUUGUCCAGAUAUAAACAAUACAAAGGACCAGACCGAACACUAUAGGAAAAGAUCUUGUAUAAAUUGCACGGCUGAAAAUUAUUGUCCAUGCCAAAACUUCGGCAAAUGUCAAAAUUGCACGGACAAAAAGAUUUCAUCUUUGAAAUGUUUGUGUCAACCAGGAACUAAUGGGACUUACUGUACCAAAAUUUAUAAAAGACUGUGUAGUAUAUCCGAGAAAUCAAAUAGAUUGGAAAACUGCAAAAAUUCGAAUAACCUUGAGUGUUUUCUUCGACUAAAUAAUCAUGAAACGUAUAUCUGUAAAUGGAAAGAAUUAAUGAAUGGUGAUUAUCCGAAUUGUGCAGUGUCAGUUUCUGCAAUGAACAUGAUGAAAGGGGGAAUGCCGAAUUCAGAAGUAAUGCAAAAAUCAGAACCUCCUCAACUUACAACUUCAAAAAGUUUGUUAUGGGCAAUACUUUUACUUCUUGUUAUGGCUGUUAUAUUGCUUGCAAUUUGGGAAUUUUAUGGAAGAUGUCAAACAUUUAUCAAGAAAUGUCGCAAGAAAAAAUCAUAGCCUAAUGCAAAGAUGAACAUUUACAUCACAUUUUACGUUUGCUCGUUUGAAUAGACAUUUGCUCAUCUCUCAUACACAAAUUUAUCAUUGCAGUGAAAUGUACAUACAUUUUUAUAUUUUUAAAAGUUACUGAAAUGUUAAUAUAUUUGGAUUGAAACAAAUGAUGUAAAUUUUGUUAUGUGGAUAUAAUUACAAAAUACAUUAAUAUGUAGACUCUAUAGACGUCCACAUCUGAUACACAGUUUUUUUCCCUUUAACUCAUACCUUGUACACAAAUUUUCAUCUUUUAUUUGUUGGUUACAUUAUGAUAACCAUUAUCUUUUCAUUUGUGUGUAUAAUUUAUUGAUAAUGAAUUGAUAUCAAUAAACAAGCUAUUUUUUUAAUCUAAACUUAUGAACGACAUAUAGUGACAUAUAUAAAGGUACAAUACUACCAAAUCAUAAUUCGUCACAUGCGGUUGCAUACUAAAAAGGGUCGGGAAAAAUUUCCCCUUGAAUAUGACAGUUGUAGGAAAUUCAUCCUAUUUUUCAUUACAGUAAAAAGUUUCAAAGUCAUAGAUAUACAUCUUAUGUGUUUCAAAGCACCAUCAUUUUUUUUUUAUUUUGGGUUUCUAUAGAAUACUUUGGAAAGUCGAGGCUACAUGACUGAAGCUUGUACGCCGGAAAAAUAAGGCUAAACAUUAGAUUGGUUAACUUCCAGUGAUGGUUAAUUUUGUAUAUGCAAUGAAACAUUAUGUGACUUUUUUUUGUUUAUAGUAUUGUACAGGAUAAAACUUCACUCAUGUCAUGUAUUUUUUAUUUGAAAUAAAGAUAAAUUCAGCAAAUUUCUUUGAAAAGUACAAAUUUAACAAAGACAAGUAGGAGAAAAUCAAUGGUUGUAUAACCACCUAAAAAUAUAUGUAAGACUCAAAUAUAUGAUGGGUUCCAAAUCUUUGGCAGAUUCCUAACCUAUGGCAGAUUCCUAACCUAUGACAAAUGUGACGUUUCAAACGUCAAACAACUCAAAUCUAUGGUAGAUGUUUGUUUUCUCCCAAAUCUAUGGCAGAUCUUUGACUUGCGUCACAAUUGAAUAACGCCCUAUUUCAUAGUCGCCCCCGCAAACGUUGGCGAAACCCGUAGAAUUUAACACCAUUCCAGAUAUAGGCAUAUAUUAGGAAUCUGUCAUAGAUUUGCAACCCACCAUAGAUUUGAGUCCUACAUAUAUGUCCACUGUUACCUCUCACUUCUCUUUGCAUAAUAAUUUUUUUGUAAUUAGAUGGUUACCGUGGUGUUGCCAAGUUCAUUGUUAUGUUAUAUUUAACAAAUUGUAAAACGUCAUAACAUAAUAUAGCAAAGAAAUCGUGAAUUUGUAGUACGUGUAUUAUAAUUAUCGUAGUUUUGGGAAUAGUAAGUUAAAGAUAUAACUGUUGCCCUAAUGUCCUUCUGAAAUAAUGAUUUAAGUAUAUUAUAUGUAAUAUACUAUGUUUUAAUUAUAAAUCUACGAAAACGCAAGUAUUGGAACAAGUAUAAAUUCCUAAUCAGUGAAAAUUUAAUUACCGUGUACCUUUAUUUACCUCCCUUCAAACGAACGAAAAGCUGCCUUUAAAUUUUUCGAAACACUAAGAAUUUUGUAACAAAGGGAAAGAUCACCGAAGUCCUUAGCUGUAUUUGACAAAACCUUCUGGAAUUUUAGGUCCUUACUGUCCGUCGACCUCCUUCUUUAUUUGGUAUAUCUAACGGUUUUGAUUAAAUCACCACUAAUGAGUCUUUCGUUGACAAAACGCUCGUGCAGGGGUUCAAAAUUUAAUAUUGGUAUCUAUGAUGUGUUAAUCUAGGACUGUAAAAAGUUUUCAAACUAAGUUUACCGUUGCAAUACUGGAUCGGCUAGUAUUUGUUUGUAAUUUCUAAUAUAACGGUUUUAAAAAUGUAUCAUCCAAUGCUUUCAAUAAUUUCAGGGGAAAAACAAAUUCUUUAUUCUUGACAUUAAGGGUAGUGAAAAAAUAUUCCUGCUUAAAACACUUCCAAAAUUCCAAAACAUUUUAAAUUAAAAUAAUUUUACAAUUAUCAUGUUUAUAACUCUGGAAUGACCACUGGCAUGCAUUUUAUAAUCUGAUACAUUUAGUAGUGCACGGUUGUUACAUCUCUAUCAAACGGGUACUAAUUAUUUAAACAUAUCGAAUAAGCAGAAUUGUGUAAAAAAAAACUCGAACAUAUGUACGUCAGCUCUGUCAUUUCAAGUAACCAGGUUUGAAUGAUUGAAUUUGUAUGUUUUUGCUACAAGAAGUAUAUUUUUUUUAAAAGCUUCAUAUUUUCAGCUUAAAAUUUUGUUUGAAAUUAAAACAAUAUAUGCAAAGGGUCGAAACUUCUUCUUUCAUUUCUCACCUGAUUUUUUUUCUGUUAAAGUAGUCGACUUCACACAUUUUUGAUAUCCGCAUCAGUUAGGGCAAGUUCAGAACGUUUAACAUUAAAACUUUUUUUUAACGCAACAUGGUUUAAAAUGAUUUUGUUCAUUCGUAUGUGAUUAUUAUUCCCUUGGUACUGUUGAUACGGUUGUCGCUCAUAAAUGUAGAACGAUCCAAUGCUUUUUUUUUUAUAUAAGCUAUAAGAAAUUAUCGUUGGAAAGUAAAAAUCUAAAUUAAAUGGUGAAGUCUUACUUAUAUCGACAAUUAAAAUAACAAAUUGAAAAAUAAGACUUUAUUAAUUAGAUAUAGGAAGAUGUGGUGUGAGUGCCAAUGAGACAACUCUCCAUCCAAAUAACAAUUUAAGAAUUAAACCAUUUUAGGUUAAAGCACGGCCUUCAACACGGAGCCUUGGCUCACACCGAACAACAAGCUAUAAAGGGCCCCAAAAUUACUAGUUUAAAACCAUUCAAACGGGAAAACCAACGGUCUAAUCUAUAUAAACAAAACGAGAAACGAGAAACACGUAUAUUUUACAUAAACAAACGACAACUACUGUACAUCAGAUUCCUGACUUAGGACAGGUGCAAACAUUUGCAGCGGGAUUAAACGUUUUAAUGGAUCCAAACCUUCUCCCUUUUUCUGAAACAAUAGCAUAACAUCACAACAGAGAAAAACAUACGAUAAAAUAUCAAUUGGCAGACUUAACUCAAUCAAAAAACGUAUGAUUACACAAUGAACGAAUAAAUUUGAUCUGCGAUAUCUGAAUACAAAUGCACAGUUAAUUAAAUCUUAGAGACAAACAUUCAUGACCAAAAGGCUAACAAACAAAUUCAAACACACUGAGAAAUAUUUAACCAAUCAAUGUUCACUUUAGAAAAAAAAAACGUUUUUUUAUAAUCUUGAAGUUUAUACAAAUGUUGUAAGAAUAAGUGAAAAAUUGAAGAUAUUACAAAUAAUCAAAGCUGGUGUACAGACAAGAUCCAUAUAAAUAAAAAAUGCCAAAAAAGCAUUAUAAACAGUAUCAACAGUUCGAAUUAACAAGAAAAUACGAUUUGAGAGUACUCGCAGUUACUGACAGCUAGUUAAAAGCCAAAACCAAUUAAUAGUAAAAAAGCAUGCAUCAGAGACUAAAAUCGACUAAAACACAUCACAGGGAUUUAGUAUUUUAACGUCAUUAAUAGUCAAAGAAGACAUGACUUGUGCAAUGCCAAAAAUAAAUGUAUCGACAGGUAGUAGUAUAGUGAAGAGCGAUUAAGCAUAUUUAAAUCUUUUGUUUUAUAUAUUGAGUUUUGUGUACUGUGGUUUGUAUUUUUGUCCUUUUUCAUUUUUUUUUAUUACAUUGUCUGUUUGUUUUAGCAUUAUUUUUUUAAAUAUCUUUCGGGAUUUUUUGCCUCUCUAAUGCGUAGUUAGAAAAGAGAAAAACUUUGUUGUUAGCAAUAAAUUUUCGAAUGAUACCGGUGAAAGUAAGUCAUUAAAAAAUCACCCAUUAUAUCAUUGUAUUUUGCUAUCAUUAUUAUUUUGAAGUGAACUAUAAUAUCCGUCCAUAUUGAAUGGAACGCCAAAUGUUGAAAUGUAUUUUUAAUAAAUUUGAAAUGGUGAAUGUCGUAAACAGAAAACGACUCGUAUAUAAUUGAAUUAGCGUUUCCAUUAACAGUAUUUUUCAUGUUUUCCAUCAUAAAAUUCAUUUUGUUCUAAAUUGAAAGAGUUGUGUUUGUCACAUUUCUUACAUGCGUUAUUUUGCACAUAUGUUAUAUUAUAUGUGUUUUGUUAGUUGAAAUCAAACAUUUGAAGCACAUUUGUUUUGUUAGAAAUCCUUAUAAUUACACUGUAAAUAUAAUGAUUACAUAAUAAUGCUCAUUUUUUACCUGAUAUUUA